UUAUUCUUCUUCUUAUCCUCGGCAACGCAGGACUACUUCGGAGAGCGGAAAUAAGAAGUAAAGUUAGUUGUGGCCCUGCUUUUCUCUCCCCCACCCCAACCUCACCCCUAGAAUUCACUCUUCAUUCUCUUCUUCCAUGAAUGAUAAUGCAGCUAGAUGCAUUCAUCGCACUUAUGCAAAGCAUUUGUCCCCCUAAUCUGGCUAAUCUUGGUAGGGAGAGAACGACGUCAGGUCCGAGAAGUUAGUCUCAUCUCCACCACUCAACGCAGUCGAGUGAUCAGUGAUUGUGGCUGCCUAGUCCAAAUGAGUCGCUCUACAUCACAUCCCUAAAUACAAUGGCGGUUAUCUUCCUAAAUAUGGUACCGGUUCAUGCUGCGGGAUUUCUGUUCCUGUUCUCCCCUACCGAACGCAUCUGCCAUCUUUUCUGCUGCAUCAACUGUAGGAGAACGAGAAGGAAUGGAAGGAAGGGAAAAGGUCUGCCUGCGAGUGCUUCCACGGGACAGCCGAUUGUCCUACUUUGCGGAUGUCUAUGGGUUUCUUGCUGCCUGGACAGACAUCUUCCCAGAAUAAAACCCCUCGGGGAUCAGAAUCAGGAUCCCAUGGAAGACUCCGUAAUGGAUUCCAUCCUUGGCUUGCCUAAGCAGCAGUCAAAGUCCCCUGAUUCCCUGAAGCAGGGCUGAGCGAUCGUGUCCCCACUUCGAAUGUCAAAAAGGCUCCAGUAGGAACCGGCGGAAGGGCUGGAAGGGAGUUGUUGGGAUGAGAAAUCGCAAUCUUG